AUGGGAACCGAUUGCAGCGAAAACAAUAUGAAACUCUUAGAAAAACGUUUUAAGCGUUACGAAGAUGAAAUAGGCCAAAGUAGUAGUAUAUCAACAUUAAAAGACAAAGUUUCAUAUUUACGAAAAAACAGAGAAAAUGAUGCGUCAAAGGCAAUUGUUAAAAUUGAAGAUUCAAUGAACUUAGAUCUCUGCUUUGUUCUGGACUGUACAGGCUCCAUGUCUAGUCAUAUCGAAGCAGCAAAAGAGCAUAUAUUGAAAGUGGCUAGUUACAUAAACAGCAAUAAUUCAAAUAUCGAAUUCUGGGUUGGUUUCUGUGGUUAUCGUGAUCACUCUGAUGGUAGUGGUCGCUUACAAAUUUUUGAUUUUACUAGUUCUCUCGAGAAAUUUAAAAUGUACUUAACCAACAAAGUGACGGCUAUAGGUGGCAAUGAUGAACCAGAAGAUGUUUUAGGUGGUCUUGAUGCUGCGAUAACUGAGAUGACAUGGAGCAAUGCAACUCGUGUUAUUAUUCAUAUUGGCGAUGCGCCAUCACAUGGUCGUCGUUUUACCAACUUAUCUGAUAAUUAUCCAGACGGUGACCCGAAUGGUCUAACUGCAGAAAGUGUGUUAAGGAAGAUGCAAUCAAAAAAGAUUUUAUACUACUUUGGAAAAAUUAAUAAUUAUACUGAUGUCAUGAUUAAUGUAUUUCGCGAAAUAAUUGGAGAGUUUCCUAUAUUUGAUCUUAUGAAUGCAAAAUCUAAUCCUGAGGCAUUGGUUAAUAAAUUUUGCAAGGCUACUUCUUCAGCCAUUUUUUCUUCUAUUACACUAACCACAACUUUAAGAAACUCGAAAAGCAUAUACUCUUUGCAACGAAAAAAACUUCAAAUCAAUCCAAACGAACCUGAUUGGACCACUCAUCCAGAGAAAACAGGAAAAAUUUUAUAUUAUAUUCCACCUAAAUCUCUGGCUGAAGUUAAAGAUGAAUAUUAUUUUAUUAAUUCAAGUUAUAUUGAACAAGACAUAACUUUUAAACUUGCACCGCAACCAUUCUCCGUCGGUGCUGAACGAUAUGCUUAUUUUUCUCUUGAUACAAGCCUUGCCGCAGAGCAAGUUGGUGUCAAUAAAAAAGUUAUAUUUAUUGAUGCAAAAGUCUUAUACGAUGAGACAGAUAAUACUUGCUACUCUGUUGAAAAAUAUAUCAAUAAUGUAGAAUUUAAAAAAUUUAAUGCAAAUAAUGGUUUAAUUACAGAAUUUCAUCCAAUUCUUGAGGCAUUUGCUCAUUUCACGUAUAAAUGCACUGAAGGAUAUUUGGUAGUUUAUGACUUACAAGGAGUCGAUCUUAGUAAUGAGUUCUUGCUAACAGAUCCAGCUAUACAUUAUGCAAUGAUAUUUGUAAGAAGUUAA